CAUCUUCUCGUGUUGCAUGCUGGGUGCUCCCGUCACUUCUCUCCGUCAUGGCUGCCCGUGUCCUGCAGCAGUGUGUCCGCUCGCUGGCCCGGCCCUCGCUGCGGCUCUCCUCCUCCGGUAGCCUGGCUGUCAGAGCCGCCCUCCACCGACCCGUCUCCUUCUCCUUCUCCUCGGCCGCAGACAGCCGGAGGACGCGGUGGCUCGGUCAGAGCCGGAUCCCCUCAGUUGGCGUGUUGUGCCGACAGUAUGGGGACCUGCCCCCCCUCACCCUAGUAACCAUCAAAGAACGCGUCAUGUACGUCCUCAAGCUCUACGACAAGAUCAACCCUGAGAAGCUGCAGGCAACCUCCCACUUCAUGAAAGACCUGGGUCUGGACAGUUUGGACCAGGUGGAGAUCAUCAUGGCCAUGGAGGAUGAGUUUGGCUUUGAGAUCCCUGACGGAGAAGCAGAGAAGUUGAUGAGUCCUGGUGAUAUUGUACAGUACAUCGCAGACAAGAAGGACGUUUAUGAAUAAUGUUCUCUAUAGUUCACUACAGAGAGAGGUUGACCCCAGCGUGACCGCACAGGAAGUACAUUUCCCACUUCCUCACCGUCAGCUCUUCUGUCCAGUACGGCACCGUUGACGUCAAAGCUGCCGUGUCUCGUGUUUCAAUGUAUUUAAAUGAACGUGUUCUUUCGGAGCUCGGAAGAUGAACAGAACAUUUAAAAAGUCUAUCACAGUUUUGAUUUUUUUUUCUCUUCCAGCUCCACAAUGUGGUUCCAAUGUAUAAUUUCUCAUGAAUAGAUCAAUAAAUACACAUCCUGUAUAGA